AUGGCCGCAAAGGCCUCGUUGGUGCGGCUCUCUGCGCCGUUUUUCUGGGGUGCGGGAUGUUCUACGUCGGCUGCGGCGCAUGAGAUGGGAGAUUGCAUGUUGCCUCGAUACUUGAAAUACUCAAGGGUACCUGUAGAGUGGCAGGCCAUUCGUGUACGUUUUCAAGGCGGUGUGAACAACACAAUCGUGGGGUACUUCAUCAAACGCUAG